CAGGCAUCCAGCCCCCAGCUCACCCCCACCCCUUCCAGCCCCCUGUUCCCCUCAGGAGCCCAGGGUUCGGGUCCUCCUUCCAAAUUCCAGCCUCCCCUCCCCCACCAGUGUCUCUCCCCAGCCCAGGGAUGGAGGCUGGAAGACCCCAGGAAGAAGAGGAUGAUGAGCAGCAGGGUCCCCCGCAAGAUGAUCAGGGCUGGCCCCCUCCUCCCCCCUCCUCUCCCAUAGCCCUGGGGCCCCGGUCGGGCUCCCUGCUCUCCCUGCAGACAGAGCUCCUUCUGGACCUGGUGGCUGAGGCCCAGUCCCGCCGCCUAGAGGAACAGAGGGCCACCUUCCACACCCCCAAGGUCCCCAGGAGCCAAACCCCAACCCCACCCCGGCUUCUUGAGGACCAAGAACAGCUCUACAGCACCAUUCUUAGUCACCAGUGCCAGCGGAUGGAAGCCCAGCGGUCAGAGCCGCCCCUGCCCCCCGGGGGACAGGAGCUCCUGGAGUUGCUGCUGAGAGUUCAGGGUGGAGGGCGAAUGGAGGAGCAAAGAUCCCGGCCCCCUACACACACCUGCUGAGACCUGAGCUCCCAACCAGCCCCUUCUCUCAGGGACUCAAAGCUGGGCCACCCCCGCAAGCCUUCAACCCUGCGUGGCAGGGGUGCCAGAGACUGAAGACCCAUUUUCCCAGGGAACUGGACAGGGGGCAAGUACCCUAACCUUGAAAACGAGCAAGGUAGGGUGGACACGACUCCCCAAGACCGUUCAAGAGUCUCUAUCCUGAGCUGUCAAGCUACUCAACGGGGUGUGAGGACUGAGGCCUGCCCCUCCUGCCUAGCAAGAAAAAGGGGAAAGAUUAAGACAACCGCCCAGCACUGGCACCCCAAGCCCCAAGGCCGAGGAGCCCAGAGGCCCUGAAGCGAACCUCAGCCCCACCCACACCCCCUGCUGCUGCUGCUGCUGAGUCUGCCCGAUGUGUUGGUUGUGUGAAUAAACUUAAUUCCCCUCUGCA